UUUUUUCAACAGCCGAAAUCAGACUUUUGUUCCCUUCCAUUAUCACCUCACCUGAACUGCAACAACGGAUAGGCCAACCAAAACUUCUUGCAGAUAAAACACACUCGCACACAAAAACACACAGCCCCCCCGCCCAUCCGCCACCCAUUCACCGCCCCCAAAAAAGGGAAAAAUGUCAGCCACUACGACGCCGUCUUCUUCCAUUUCAUUUUUCUCCUCCUCAAUUUUCCUCUCCUCCUCCCGCCACCACCACCACUCAGCUAACCUCCUCUGUAAAACCACCCACAAACGUCCACCCCAAUUCGCCCUCACCAGCACUACUUCAACCAAAGCUCUCAUUCGCUCCGAGCUAGCUACUAUCCCAAUCUUGUCUUUCGAGGGCACCCAGGUGGGCUCCACCACUCUCAACCUCAAGUCCGCCCCCCUCGACACCGCCCGCUCCGUCGUCCACCGCGGGCUCACCACCGACCUCCGUAACCGCCGCCGCGGCACUGCUUCAACUCUCACACGCUCUGAGGUCCGCGGAGGAGGCGUCAAACCUUACCCCCAGAAAAAGACCGGCCGAGCACGUCGGGGGUCACAGCGCACCCCACUCCGCCCCGGUGGUGGCGUGGUUUUCGGGCCCAAGCCGAAAGAUUGGUCGGUGAAAAUUAAUAAAAAGGAAAAAAGACUCGCGAUUUCCACCGCCAUUAGUAGUGCCGUUGAGAAUACCAUUGUUGUUGAAAAUUUCGAGGACAAGUUUGAGAAGCCGAAAACUAAGGAAUUUAUUGCUUUAAUGAGGAGAUGGGGUUUGGAUCCCAAGGAGAAAUCAGUGUUUUUGAUGACUGAGGUUUCGGACAAUGUGAGAUUAUCCAGUAGGAAUAUUGGGACUCUGAAGAUGUUGACGCCUAGGACAUUGAAUCUGUUCGACAUUUUGGAUUCUGAAAAGUUAGUCUUCACCAGUGGUGCUGUGGAGUUCUUGAAUGAGAGGUAUGGGUUCGAUUACAACGACGAAGACGAUGAGGAGGAGGAAGAAUUAGCAGAAGAAGUAGGAGAAGAAGGACUGGAGGGAGAGGAGAAAUCUGAUGAUUGAGGCUGAGGGGGAUGCGAACAAUACUACUGAUUUUGCCAAAUUUACCAGGACGUUUGCGUUGACAUUGCAAAUGUAUAAUAGCAGGCAGUUUGGUUUUGUAUUUUUUGGUGUAUUUUGAACAAGUAGGGAUUUCUCCUUUUUGCCGCAUUUGCUCUUAAAUUAGAUUCCUUCCUCGCGGGAAAAGAUCAAUCAUUUCAUUUUGUGUGUAGAUAUAACAACUAAGUUGUUUUUUCCUUCA